AUGAGUUUUAACAUGGCACGUAAAAGUGAUAAUGUUAAGUGUAUUAACAUUGCGGUCGUUGGUUUGUCUGGUACUGAAAAAGACAAAGGACAAGUUGGAGUUGGGAAGUCAUGUCUUUGCAAUCGAUUUAUGAGAUCACUUAGCGAUGACUAUAGUGUUGAUCAUAUUUCUGUUUUAUCACAGUCGGAUUUCAGUGGUCGUGUUGUAAAUAAUGAUCACUUUUUAUACUGGGGAGAAGUGACAAAAGUUGCUGAAGAUGGAACAGAGUAUCAAUUUCAAGUAAUAGAACAAUCAGAAUUCAUCGACGAUGCAUCAUUUCAACCAUUCAAAGGCGGGAAAAUGGAGCCGUAUGCCAAGCGAUGCACUGCUACUAAAAUAACCAGCGCUGAAAAAUUAAUGUACAUUUGUAAGAAUCAAUUAGGAAUAGAGAAAGAGUACGAACAAAAAGUAUUGCCUGAUGGUAAAUUAAAUAUCGAUGGUUUUUUAUGUGUAUUUGACGUUAGCGUGGUACCGAAUCGUUCAAUAGAGAAACAAAUAGAAAUAGUAUCAAACAUUCUGAAUAAUUUGAUAAAAACUAAAAAACCAAUUUUAUUAGUGACUACCAAAAACGACGACGCUAAUGAGCAGUACGUAAAGGAGGCUGAAAAAUUAAUAUCACGCAAAGAGUACAAGAGUUCUAUUUCUGUUGUCGAAACAUCAUCUCACGAGAACAUAAAUAUUGAUGCUGCAUUUCUAGUCCUGGCACAAAUUAUUGAUAAAACUAAAGUUAGGAGUAAGAUAAUACCUUUUAGUGAAGCCGCUAGAUUAAGAAAAGAGCUGUUAGAUGCUUCGACAGAAUCCUUGCAAAGAUUAAUUCGUAUACAUGUUACGGAUUACCGCGCGUUAUGGUCACAAGCUUCGAAAAAACUUGCUCAGCACAAAGAGUUUAAUAACUUUGUUGAAUUGUUUGGUAUCGACGCUACGCAGAGGCUAUUCAGGCGACAUAUUAAAAAGUUGAAGGAUGAACAAAUAGCCAAAAAAAUACAAGGGUAUUUAGAUAUGUUGCCAGAUAUUCUUCAUGAAAUUUGUCCUGACAUUUCCAGUCUUAUUAAUGAAGAAUGGUCAACAGUACAACAAUUUAUAAAAGAACAUCCAGAUUUUCAUCAACACUUCUACGAAUGUCCUGAAGACAUAUCGUGGAUCGAUUACGACUUUGGUGAAAAUAAUACCUCUAAAAUUCCAUAUGAAGUUCUUGAGACACCGGAAGCUGAGACAGUCUUUAAAAAUCACAUCAACGCUCUGCAACAGGAACAAAGACGUUUAGAAUGGAAAAAGCAAUUUAAACAAUUGCUAGAGGAAACUGGGUACGUAACGCCUGGAAAACAUUUGUCAGAAGUACGAGUACUAUUCAUGGGUCGCGAAUGUUUUGAAGCACUUUCUCAUCAUGAUUGUCAAGAAAUUUACGAGCAACAUCAGAAGGAAAUAAUUGAGAGAGCUAAACAUAAUUUUCAAGAACUUUUACUCGAGCACGCGGAUUUAUUUUAUCACUUUAAAAGCAUAGCUCCGUCUGGCACUAUUACGCAAGAUGAUAUUAAGGAAAUAACAGACGCUUUAAUAGAUGACUUUAGGUACAAGACAUUGGAUAGACUUGAUCAGGAUAGAAAAUUGAUGCUUUUCCAACAUCUUGGUUUCGUUCAUUGUCCAAUUAGAGAACAUUGUCCGGCAUUUCCUAACUGCAUGGAUGCUCUUAUUGAAAGAAUACUCGGCACUAAGGCUCACAGACCGUCAUCAUGGAAUCACAGCAGUCAAUGGCAACUAACAUCCGAAAAUAAUCAAUUAAAUUUAGUAAUACUAGGUAGCAAUGGACUUGGAAGUGAAUUCGCUCAGGAAAUAAAAAUGCAAACAGAUGACGAUGAAGUGGAAAUUGAUUGUCAGUUAUAUACACUCGGUUAUCGAGUUAUUGACGGUGACGUUGGAUUACCGCACAAUUCAUUUACAACGUCGGAUUUUAUGCCACAUGGUUCAUUCUGUAUCUACGCAAAUGAAGACUCAUUUGAAUACAUACGGUUGUCGUUGGAAAAAACAUUGCUUUCAAAUUUGGAGCAGGAAGAUCGAUUGCCAUUUCAGGGAUUACCAAUAGUAAUAAUGUUCGUACCUGACAUAACUAUUGACGAAAUGGAGGCAAUGAGACUACGGGAGGAGGGACAAAAUUUAGCUGACAGUUUACAGUGUCCGUUCAUCGACGUCUGUGUCGAAGAUUUGGAGCCAGAUAAGCGCUUUCCUCACUCAUUAGUCAAAGAGGCCCUUCAGCAGCUCAUACAGUCGAUUAAUCAUCGUGCUGGUUUUUUAAAUAUUUACCAAAGUGUUAUUGAAUGCCUGGAACCCGAUAUCAGAAUAAUAAUGUGUAUGUUUUGCGGUGAUCCUUACUCAGUGGAAAAUGUUCUGGGUCCUCUAUUAAGCCAUCAGUGUUGUUUUUUAAGCGGUGAAAAGUCAAUUGUUCUCGAAACAUUUCUCGGCGACUCUAAGCGACGUGUUGAAGUUAUUAUAUCGAGCUUUCACGGUGCUAAUGCAUUUCGUGAUGAAUUAGUUCAUGGCUUUAUUUUAGUUUACUCAACUAAAAGAAAAGCUUCUUUAGCAACUCUCAACGCAUUUUCAAUGAACAUCCCAAAUUUACCAAUUCAAAUAAUGGCAGUAACGGACACCGGCGGUGCAAAUGCUUUCUUCAGUAAUGAUCUAUCUCACAUGCUUAUCACUGAAGGAAACGCCACCGCAGACCGACUUCAAGCGCAUUUCAUGACUUCAGCUUCUAGUUGUCAACAAAAAACGGCAUUUUACACGCCAUUCUUCAAGGAAGUUUGGGAGAAAAAACCCGAAAUCGAGCAAGCGUUUAAUAUGGAAGAACCCGGUAAUUUAAAUGACAGUGGUGAAGGUACUUUGGAAUACUCGGCAUUACAUCCGAUGCCACCACCAAGGCAUGAGAGUUAUCAUCUUCAGACUCCAGACGAUGGAAGUGGAUCGGAGUCGUACGAGCAAUUGACGCCUGAUGGUGAACUCGGUGAUACAGUAUUGAAUGAACAAUUUAAUGAUCAUCGGGCCACACCUAGCGAUGACAGUGAUAUUUACAGUCAAGUUGAUUUUCAUCGGGAAGAAAGAGAACGUGAGUUACUCAAAGGCGGGGACUUUGCUAAUAAGUUAACAGGAUGGGUGAAAGAUACAUUCAAUAUGCAUCACGAUGGAGUAUCAAACACGUACUCGCACCGAGCAUUUACUACAGGCCGUAGAAACAUCUCGCAGACAAAGUCACGACCGAAAGGCAACAGCCAAACGUUAAAACAACCGGGUAAAAUAAAUUUAAAAGACUUUUCUAACGUGACGGAUGCGAUAGCACGUAUGAGUGUUGGAGAAAAAAUGGAGCAUGGUUCGAAAAUGAUGGGCCAUGCGCCGCUAGCUACUCCGGAACUUGUAGAUCUUGAGUACGCUCAUCCCAAAGACGUUGUGACUAAUCUUUAUCCGGCUUACGAGGGAGAGUAUGCGUACGCUCUUGUGCAGGAUUCUAUUUCGAAUAAUAAAUCUAAAUUACGGCAUAGACGUGAAAAAGGUCAACCUUCAUACAGCGAUUCUGACUCGGAGUGGAGUUCACUGGAGCGUCAGCGGGCGGACGCUCUCAGCAAGACGAAUAAAAAACCCUCGAGUUACAAGCGGACACGUAAGAAACGUACCGCAAUACCGGUAGCAACUCCAAAAGUACCUUCUCUAGCUAGUAUGGUCAGUGGAGACGGUAGCAUUGGUAUCAAUUUCACCAAGGACGACAAGAAUUGGCGUAUUGAUCCAACUGAACGUGUAUCAAGUGAAACACCAGAUAGUUCUGAGUCAAGUGAACCAGAGCACGGUACAAGAUCAAGAUUAAAACCAAAUAAACAUGCCGGUGCGGUUAGUGUGAGAAAGAGAUUUGGAAAUUCAGCGGCUACGCUGCAGCAUCCCUUCAACCUAAAACAUGUGACUCAGGAUAUGUUCAGUGUGUCCUAUGAUGAAUCCAGUCUGGACGUCUCUUCACCUCGGGAAAUAAAUUCACCUAGUUUUGGAAUAUUAACGAAGGGUAAGGAGUGUGACAAGCUGACGCGCAAGAAGGACAAGCAAAAGGCUAAAGAGGACGAGAAGUUGGAAAAGCGAAGGCAGAAAGAGGAGAAACUCAAAAAACAUGCAGAAAAAGAGCGAGAGCGCGAGAAAAAGAAGCAGGAAAAGAUUAAACAAACCAAAGGACCUGGUGGUACUGGAGGCGCAGGUGUCUCUUUAACGGGCCAAAGUCAAUUGUCACUCAUUGAAGAUUUCGCACAGAGUGAAACAAACCGGAUACCUUUAUUUUUGGAAAAAUGCGUACGGUUUAUUGAAGAAGAGGGACUGGAUUCUGAGGGAAUUUACAGGGUUCCUGGAAAUCGGGCUCAUGUAGAGUUACUUUUCCAGAAAUUCGAAGAAGAUGGUAAUGUUGAUAUACAUCUAUUAGACAUUCCGGUAAACGCAGUUGCAACAGCACUCAAGGACUUCUUUUCAAAGCGAUUACCACCACUUAUUGACAAGGAACGUAUGAUUGAAUUAGAAAAUAUUUCUGGUGCAAGGGGCACAAGUAAGCCAAUGUCUGCAACGGGUAUGAAUAUGGAAGAUCCUAGCUGUAGAUUACUCGCCUUACGAUCAAUGCUUAAUCAAUUAAACCCAGUUAAUUUUAAUGUUUUGAAAUUUAUAUUUCAACAUUUCGUAAAGGUAGCUGAGAACUGUAAGUUGAAUAGCAUGGAUAGUAAAAAUUUGGCAAUUUGUUGGUGGCCGACGUUAUUGCCAAUAGAAUUUAACGACUUGGGUAGAUUUGAAGCCAUGAGACCUUAUUUGGAGGACGUUGUUCAAACGAUGAUCGAUCAGUAUCCCUUUCUUUUCUGUGACAAAGAAGCUAUCGUCAUGGUCUAG